CACUUUGCGGCGGCAGUUCAGUCCGCCCGGCCCGCCAGCUGAUGUGUGUCGCGUGAGGAACUGGAACGAGUCGGUUGCUACUUCAGGAUUUUCCGCCGCCAUGUUGGCAACAUCACGCCACCUGCGCGCGCCGCUGCUGAUCGUCAGCUGUCUGCUAGUACAGCGCUCCGCCGCCAGGGACACGAAUGAAGGAGCUGACAGCUGGAACGCGGCGGCGCGGGAGGAGCUGACGGCGGCGCUGCGGGUCAGGUGGAACGAGGGCCAGGCCAGGAACGUGGUGCUGUUCGUCGGGGACGGCAUGGGCCCGAGCACCGUCACGGCGGCCAGGAUCUACCGCGCCAAGGAGGAGGGCCGCCUGGCCUUCGAGCACUUCCCCCACGUCGGCCUGCUCAAGACGUACAAUGCGGACAGGCAGGUCCCCGACUCGGCGUCCACCGCCACGGCGCUGUUCAGCGGCGUCAAGGGGAACUACAAGACGGGCGGCGUCGACCAGUCCGUCCAGAUGGACGACUGCGAGGCAUCGCUGAGGCCGGAGGCGAGGCUGAAGAACAUGCUGCACUGGGCCAUCGAGGCGGGCAAGGACACUGGCUUCGUGACAACGACCCGGGUGACGCACGCGACCCCCAGCGCCUUGUAUGCGCACCACGCCAACAGGAACUGGGAGUGCGAGCAGAGGAUGCCCGCCUCGGCUUCGCGCUGCAAGGACAUCGCCCGCCAGCUGGUGGAGGACGAGCCGGGCAGGAGCAUCAAGGUGAUCAUGGGCGGAGGGCGACAGUGCCUGAACACGAACCUGACGCUCGGGCCCUCGGACCCGCUGGACACGUGGUCCUGCCGCCGACAGGACGGUCGCGAGCUGGUGUCCGCCUGGAGGCAGGACAAGGAGGCCCGCGGGCUGAGGCACGCCGUCCUGGCCAACACGCGCGACCUGCGCCAGAUGGACGUCGACGACACCGACUACGUCCUGGGUAUUUUCGCCAACGGACACCUAAUGUACGACUUCGAAAGGGACAAAAGUCCAGACGGAAUGCCCUCGCUGAAAGAGAUGACCUCAGUUGCCAUUAAAGUCCUGAGCAAGAACGAGAAAGGAUUCUUCCUAAUGGUCGAAGGCGGCAUGAUCGACAUGGCCCACCACCGCGGCUACGCCAGCCGCGCCCUGAACGAGACGGCGGCCAUGUCGGACGCCGUGCAGGAGGUCCUGGACUGGGUCCGGCUCAUGGAUAGGACGGACACCCUGGUGAUCGUCACCAGCGACCACGCCCACGCCUUGUCCAUCAACGGCUAUCCGGCCCGCGGCAACGACAUCCUCGGCGUGGGCGGGAGGUCCAAAGCAGACGGCGUGCCGUUCACGACGCUGACCUACGCCACGGGCGACCUGCAUGCCUACAACUACAGUGUCGGGCCGAACGGCACCGUGGUCAGGCCGGACCCCAGCACUGUGGACACCACCAGCUUCCACUACCACCAGCAGGCGGCCAUAACCUCCGACGAGGCCCACCACGCCGGAGUGGACGUCGCCGUCUACGCCACAGGGCCGAUGGCGCACCUGUUCCACUCGCUGCACGAGCAGAACUACGUGGCCCACGUGAUGGCCUACGCGGCCCGACUGGGGCCGUACGCCCCUUCCUCCGGGGCCCGGGGACUGCCUCAGGCGGGGACCGUCCUCGUGGCGACAGUCGUCUGCGCGCUCGUCACCUUCCGGCUCUGACGCCGGCUGGUGCGGCCCGGCUAGUGGGGCUUUGCGAUACCUCUCUCUCUUUCUCUCUCUCUCCUCUCUCUUUCUCUCUCUAUCUCCUCUCUCUUUCUCUCUCUCUAUCUCUCAUUCUCUCUCCCCUCUCUCUUCUCCCUCUCUACUCUUUCUUCCUGUCUCUCUAUAGCGCGCGCGACCGUCGAUACCCGUGCGAUCUAUCGUUCACUACAACAAGGGCAGAAACCGCUAAGGGGUCGUCACGUGAUGUUUUUUUAGCAAAUUUUUAACCCCCCCCCCCCUCCCCCUUAGUGAUUUGUGGUGAGAUUUCAGAUAAACCCCCCCCCCCCAAUAAAUCACGCGUAUUUUUUGGUGCAAAAUAUUUUUAAAAAUUUCGGAAUAUUAUUUUUAAAUAUAGGUGUAAUCUAAUUUAAUUCUGGAAAAUUAAGCACAGUGAUAAAAAUGUCCAGACACACAUUUAGGUUGCAGGUUUAUUCUCACUGGCAUAAAAAUAAUAAAGGAAAGGCUUGUAUGUGAUUUACGCAUGUAUUCGGCGCCAAAAUCACAGUCUUACUGGCGACUGGCAAGCCGAGCCGGGUGGUUCAUGUUGUGGCGGGCGGGGAUAUUGUUGCCUGGCUACGGCGAGUCAAGGUCACGCAUCGCUUUUCGGUUUAGUAGAAAUCGGGCGAAAAAAAAAAUACACGUGAUAUCUCUCUACACCCCCCUCCCCCCUUGUGAUAUUUCGUGAUUUUUCCCGACCCCCUCCCCGCCCCUUUCGAGCCUCACGUGAUUAAUGGAUGAUCCCUAAAGUGCUAAAGUGUAAAACUGAAAAUAUAUAACAUGGGCUGUGGCAGCUAGCAGAUAGAAUAAAAAUACACACACACACAACCUGAACAGAUGACUGGAACGCACCAUCAGGAGGGGAGGGAACACAACAGCACUAAUCGAGUUUAUUAAAAUAAUAAAAUAAUGACACUAAGAACCAAAUACGGUGCAGUAAAACCUUGAAACUUUGUUGGGAAUGUACUGCUGAUGAGCAUUGGAAACAUUAUCUAAACCUCAAAAUAUCGUGAUGUAUGUCACGUGAUUGUUAUUGCUUUUUUUCUCCCCCCCCCCCCUUACACCGUAUCAGAUUUUAAUAUAUGUAUAUAUAUGUAUAUAUAUAUAUAUAUAUAUAUAUAUAUAUAUAUAUCGUAUCGUGACCCAUACAACGACCUAUCACACAGCCCUACUUGCUGACUUACGCGGUCUUUGGCCUCGAGGUCGAGCUGUCGUCGGCCAAGUGUUGCAAAGCCGCACGGAGGCUGUGCCUCCAUUGAGGCCCCAUUUGGAAUUAUUUACAUUUUUUUAUAGUUCCAUUAUUUAAUUAACUACUUAUCCAAAUUUUAGGAAUGUCAGGCAUAAAUUAUAUACCCCAGGCCUUCUAUGCAUUGUUGCACCAAAAUUUUCCGCGUGGAAAUAAAUAACUUAUUAUGUUACGCGGAAGACCACAACUACCAUGAUAAUCACACCCGUUCACAAAUAGCCAAAGCUAAUCCUGUGCCAUGUCAAAGUUAAAAAAAAAAAAAGGAAUCUUUAUUGCAAGCGGUAUCAAAAUAUUUAAAAUUUCAAAGACUAAUCCGCCUUGGGGGUCCCGCCUCGUCAGGGGUGUAUUUGUAUUGGUGAGUGGUAACACUCACUAACUGCCAUCACAGUGGUAGCCUUACCAUUUAUAUGGCCGAGAAAUGACGAUAAGGGUGGAAUGCAUGAGUCCACAGCUUUGAGCUUAGAGGCGACACCGCGCUAGAAGCACCACAGAGCGUCGCACCUAUCAUCCCGCCUCACUGACACAGAUGCACCCAUGACUAGGCGGAUCCCUUUCAGCCAUGAAGCAAGUCGAUGCAAGCAGAUGAGAACACCAGCGGUGUGACUCCGCUGGUCCGACGUUGCCAAACCUCGCAAGCCGAGAUAGCCCACUCCCGCUGCGGAAACUAUUGUGCUCACUGAGAGUUGGUACCAGUUCGCCAGUAAAGAGAGGUAUUACCUGCGAACGUGACUUGAGAUAUUGCAACAUGAUGGUGCACAGUUUAGAGAUUGUAAACCAUUCUUUGGCUGCCGCUAUAAAGCGUCUCUCAUCUUCAAAUUGCAGUGUGCAUUUUAAUGGGCAUCCACUCUCUCUUUACAAUGCGUGGUAUCUGCUAUUAGCGCUGUCCUUGUUUCCAUGUAGGCCUACUAUGUUGCCAGAUAUGCCCAAAGAGUAUACACAUGUUUUAGACGAAACUUUAUAAUGUAACGAAAAUUUUUAAAAAACGUGUAAAAAAUAUUUUUAAAAUAACAUCUGUAAUGAGAAUUUUGUAAAUACGUUUUCUUGUACUUAUUUCACCAAGAGCUUCAUCUGAUGAUAUUAAAUUUUUACCUUUAAGAAAACCUAACUGACAGACACCAUCUCUAUUCAACCGUUUGUGCCAUCAAUUAUUUUAAAAUCAUUUCAUAUUAAAAAUUUUGACUUUGUUUGGCCAUAGUACAUAAUUAAUGGACUGUCUUGUUAUUAACAGUGCCCGACUGCUACAAAUAAUUUUUCCAGUUCAAUAGUAAUAUUUUUUUUAGUUUUUUUUCUCUCAGAAUUUAUACAGCUGUAAUAAUACUGUCAAGAGAUACUAUUUUGUGGUAUUAGAAAAAUCAACAAAGAGUAAAAUGAAAUAGUUAAAACUUAUUAUGAUUAUCACUAGGGGAAGGCAUUUUUCGCGAAAAUAUCUGAAAGCCUAUUAGACUGAAACAAGGUAUACCCUCACCAGCGGUUUCUGCCUUGUGAUUGGCGUCCGUCUGGGAGAGAGAUUUGACAGAGCCAUUCAGGACGCGUUUACUUCCGCACUGAAUCGCUGUGAUUGGUGUUGCUACAAUCGAUAUGUACCUGGGAGAAACUCGACCGAUCACGAUACACAGACGAUGCUACAGUGUUUUAACUUCCAGCUAGUCUCGAAAUCUUUUCGCGAAAUCUGCAUACCCCUAAUUAUCACUCAUAUACAAACUUAAAAAUUUUAACGUUAACAAGCAAGGUAGUAAGUAUAUCAAUCUGGCAACUGUGCUCUGUAAGCGGGAGAGACAGACUUUGGUGUUGGACGUCAUCUUCCUCGAACCACUCGGCGUCCGCACAUCCGAGAGCUACGUGUUCCCAUUGGCUGGAGGUCUUCUAGGGCGUGACGUCAGGGACAUAACUAGACUAGUCCCCACCCGGGGCAAGAACUCAUCCUGCCCCCCACCCCUCCCCGCCUCCUCACCCCUUUUUUUCCAAACCAACCAAACCAAAACCGUUUCCAACAACACUUCACAUCACCACUACACAUUUGAUUCCACUAUACUAUUCCAAAUAAAAUCGCGAUUUAACCAAGAUGGUAAAUAAAUAGAUUUAUUUGCAGUCAUUUCACUUUUAAUUCCUUGCAAGUUGAAUGGUACGCGAAAAAGAAAUUGCCAUUUUUUAAAUAUUUAACGAUAUGCAUGUAUGUAUCUUUCAAAACAAAUAAUUCAGUUCAUCUGCCCUCCAACAUUUUGUUGUGUUCUAAUGUUCUAACACUACGAUAUCUAUAGUAAUAAUUACACUACCAGUUUAGCCCCCCCCCCCCCCAACCCUACCCGUUCUCUACUUACGUCUAUGCGUGUCAGAGUGUCAAUCGUCCAAUUACGCACCAAGAAGAAACAAACAUUUUAUUUCAAGGACAACCUGGUAGUAAAAUAUACCACAAAAUGGGAGGAUCCCUACUUACAAAAAACUUCUUAUUGUUUUUAAAUGUGAUAAAUGUAACACACUGAAAAUUUGUUUUUUUAAUAACAUGUUAUCAAUCUCAAUAUUUGUCACGCCGGAAAAUACUUAUGUCAAAAAUGUGUGUGAUACAACUUCAGUAUUAUAGUAAAGUUCUUAAAAUUGUUUAGUUCCUAAGUCAGUAUUUUAAAUUAUUUACUCAUGUGUAUCCUACAUGUUAAAAAUAAAUUAAAUUAUUGGGU